AUGGAUUUAUGAAAACACUCAUGCAAGAAGUUGGCAGGACUGGGGCAAACUUUUCCACCCGCUCCGCGUCCGCCGCUCCCUGCGCCUCGUCUCCUCUCCCCUCCUCGCCCGGCGGCCGCCGCUGCCCGCGAUGGUGGCAGGGCUGCUGGGCGGCGGCGGCGGAGCCCGCGGGGGGACCGUGCCGGGCGCCUGGCUGUGCCUGAUGGUGCUGCUGCAGCUGCUGGGCUCGGCGCCGCGGGGCUCGGGGCUGGCGCACGGCCGCCGCCUCAUCUGCUGGCAGGCGCUGCUGCAGUGCCAGGGGGAGCCGGAGUGCAGCUACGCCUACAACCAGUACGCCGAGGCGUGCGCGCCCGUGCUGGCGCAGCGCGGCGGGGGCGACCCGCCGGGGGCCGCCGCUGCCUUCCCGGCCUCCGCCGCUUCCUUCUCGUCGCGCUGGCGCUGCCCGAGCCACUGCAUCUCGGCCCUCAUUCAGCUCAACCACACGCGCCGCGGGCCCGCCCUGGAGGACUGUGACUGCGCGCAGGACGAGAACUGCAAGUCCACGAAGCGCGCCAUUGAGCCGUGCCUGCCCCGGACCAGCGGCGGCGGCGCGGGCGGCCCGGGCGCAGGCGGAGUUAUGGGCUGCACCGAAGCCCGGCGACGCUGCGACCGCGACAGCCGCUGCAACCUGGCGCUCAGCCGCUACCUGACUUACUGCGGCAAGCUCUUCAACGGGCUGCGCUGCACCGAUGAGUGCCGCACAGUCAUUGAGGACAUGUUGGCUGUGCCCAAGGCGGCACUGCUCAAUGACUGCGUGUGCGACGGCCUCGAACGGCCCAUCUGCGAGUCGGUCAAGGAGAACAUGGCCCGCCUGUGCUUUGGCGCGGAGCUAGGCAACGGCCCGGGCAGCAGCGGCUCAGACGGGGGUCUGGACGAGUACUACGACGAAGAGUACGACGACGAGCAGCGCGCCGGGGGAGCGGGCGGGGAGCAGGCGCUGGACGACGACGACGGCGUCCCGCACCCGCCGCGCCCGGGCGGCGGCGCUGCUGCGGCGGGCGGCCGCGGGGACCUGCCCUAUGGACCCGGGCGCAGGAGCGGCAACGGCGGUGGCCGCUCGGCCCCCCGAGGCACCUGGACCCCGCUCGCCUCCAUCUUGCUGCUGCUGCUCCCGCUGCUGUUUUAGCCCUCUCGCCCCCCGCCGUCGGCGGCGGGAGGGCCAGCGCCUGGACACCUGUGGCUUGGGGACAGAGGGGAUGGCUGGGGAUAGUUGCCAAAACGUUUUCAAAGUAGACUCUGCCUAGCCGGUCACCCCGCCACGACUCUUGGCACUUUCCCCGUCUCCUCUCCCGAGCAUGAUUUCUUGGACAUCCUCCCCUGUCCCCAUUCCAGGCUCCAGAAAUUCCCAACUCGUCUGCCCUACAGAAACUGGCCUAGCUCUAGAAUUCGGGAAACCUAGCGUGGAAUGGGAAUGGGGGAACAGAAACGUAGUCCUGGACUCCGAAGAGGAUGCUGACCGGUGGGGCCUUAACGGUUUCAAGGGACUGGGAUUGGAGCAGGGGGUUGGAAGGGGAAUUUAUAUUUGCAACAAGUCUGUUCUGUUUAUGAGCAUUUUUCCUGGGGAGCGGGGGAAGGGCCGGUGUUGACUUUUAUUGUGGCCAGUGAGGACACUGCAAUCGUAAGUAAUCAGAGAAGUCCCACUUACCUGUUCAUUCGUUUACUCUUGGUACCAGCGCCCUGAAUUCUGUUUUUUUGGGGAGAGGUGGGUGGGAAGAGAUUAAUAUUCCUGAAUUAGUUUGGGAUAACUUUGAGCCCUUGACCUUAAUUUCAUUUCCACCACUCUGAUCUCUUAGCACAUUUCUUAGGAUUAAGGGUCAAAAAAUGCUGAUCUAAAGAGUUGCUAAGUGGCAUUGAACAAUGCAAGUUUGUAUUAAAUGAGCUCUGCACUGCCAUCUAUGAAAGCCUCUUCAUGAUGUUUGUUUUCUUGUCAUUUUUGUUCUUUACAUCAAGAAACUAUAUGUACAAAUAUGCAGAGAACAUAUAUUGCUUCUGCUUUUAUCAGGGUGCUAAACCCUGGUACUUCUUAUAUAAAGUGUAUUAAAACUGGGGUUUGUUACCAGUUGCUGUACUUUGUAUAUAGAAUUUUUAUAAAUUGUAUGCUUCAGAAAUAAUUUAUUUUUAAAAAGAAAUUAAAAUUUUUAAAUCUGCAUCCAUGUUACACCUUUCCUCCUUGAAAUGUACGGAAUCAGUUUGUCGCCAGGGAUGCAAACCCACAGUCCAUUGUGAAGUGUGCUCUAUCUAGAACAGUUAAAAUGUACAGUGUAUUUUAUAGAUCUGAAGUUAACAUUCUUAUUUUCAAGAGAAUUUAUGGACAUUGUAGAAAUGUAUAAAUACAUUUCCAAACUGCCUUAAACAUUGUAUUUUUAUAGACAUUCUUUAAAAAAAAAAAGUCUUAUGUUUUAAGUAACUAUGGCUUUGUGUAUUUUUUGAUUAUUUGUUUUAUUAAAAUGUACAUCAGUAAAGAGUUUUAAGUAACGAA